AUGGACGGCGGAGCGGAAGGGCAGUGGGGGGCCGGCGGGGGCGGGGGCGGAGGUGGAGGUUCCGCGGGGGGCGCGCAGAAGAGCCCGGGCGGGCCGAAUGACAUCCAGCAGGCGGCGACGCUAUCCGCGCUGGCGUGGUCGCAGGCGGCGAACAGCCAGGAGGGGCAGCGGUUGCAAUCGGAUUACAUGGCGGAGUUUGACGCGUGGAAGCAGUCGAACCAGGCCGCCACGUACCAGCAGCAGCAGGACUUCAUGUCGGACCUCCAGGCGCGCAUGGCCAAGGCGCGCGCGGCGCUCGCGGGGCUGCAGCUCGGGGGGGAUGGGGGAAGCGGAACGGGGUCGCCAGCGGGGGCUGGAGGGGGAGCGCCGGGGGCGGGGUCCGGGGAGAUGCAGGCGCGGUUGAUGUACCCUGCGCCCAUCCCCGCGCCCAUCCCGGACGGGCCUGCGACUGGCGUCAGUGGCGGGCAGAGCGCCAAUGAGAUCGACCUGCGGAGGGAGCUGGAGGUGAUGCGGCAGCGGGCAGCAGAGGCGGAGCACGCGCGCCUGGAGGCGGAGCAGCGCGCCCAGCGCGCCCUCUCCGAGGCAGACCGCUCCCUCCGCGAAGUUGAAGCUCAGAACAAACGCCGGGAGCUGGAAACCGCUGUGCGCAUCGAAAUGGCCUCCCAGGAGGCCUCGCGGGCGAUUGCUGCAGCCGAGGAGGCGAGGAAGCAGGCGGGGUUGGAGGCGCAAAAGACGGAAGUGGCGAUGAAGCAGGCGGCGAUGACCCGGGCGGCACUGGAGAUGGAGUCGCAGAAGCGGGUGGCGGUGGAACUGAAGGCGAAGGGGGAGAGGGGGAGUCAGCGCAUGGCGGCGAAUUACAGGGACUACAGCUACGAGGACAUUGUGUUUGCAACGGAGAACUUCAAGCCGGAGCGCAAGCUGGGAGAGGGCGGGUUUGGCACGGUAUUUUCGGGCACGCUGCACCACACGCCCGUGGCGGUCAAGGUGCUCAAGAACGCGGAUGCCAUGCAGGCCGCCAACGAGUUCCAGCAGGAGGUUGAAGUGCUGAGUCAGAUUCAGCAUCCUCAUGUCGUCAUGCUCCUAGGCUGCUGCCCCAGCAAGUACUGCCUCGUCUACGAGUUCAUGGCCAACGGCUCUCUCGAGGACCGCCUGCUCUGCGCCAACGGUUCACCCCCGCUCCCCUGGUACAUCCGCAUGCGCGUCGCAGCCGAAAUCGCCUCGGCUCUCCUCAUCCUCCACACGCGCCCCGUGCCCAUCGUCCACCGGGACUUAAAGCCCGGAAACAUCCUCUUAGAUAAGAACUUUGUGGCGAAGCUAGGGGACGUCGGGCUUGCGAAGCUCAUGCCGGGGUUAUCCAUGGAUCAGACUUACAUGCGGGAAUCGGUUCCGGUGGGUACCUUUGCGUAUGUCGACCCGGAGUUUCAGCGAACGGGCGAAUUCGGGCCGAAAUCCGAUGUCUACGCGCUGGGGAUCGUGCUGCUGGAUUUACUGACCGGCCGGAAACCCAACGUGUAUGAGGGGUUGGAAGAGGCGGUAGACGACGGGGACGAGAACGAAUUGAAGCAAUUUUUGGAUGAGAGAGCAGGCGACUGGCCGUUAGAUAUGGUGAUGGAGGUGGCGCGGAUUGCGGUUAAGUGUUCGGAGAUGAGGAGGAAGAAGCGCCCGGACCUUGAGAAGCAGGUCAUGCCGGUGCUGGACCGCGCCAGGGCGCGCGCUGCCCAGGCUGAGGAGGAGGCUCGGAAGGCCCCGAGCCGCCGCCCGAUGGGGGAGGCUCCGAGCGUGCUGUUCUGCCCCAUCACUCAGGAGAUGAUGGUGAACCCGGUGUUGGCAGCAGACGGGCACACGUACGAGCAGGAGGCAAUCAAAUCGUGGCUGGAGACGAGCGACAUGUCGCCAAUGACCAAUCAGAAGCUGCCAAGCAAGGAUCUCGUUGCCAACCAUGCCGUGCGCUCCAUGAUCCUAGACUGGCGCCAGCGCAACGGGUAA